AUGGACGACGACUAUGUUGCGCAAAUCCUCGCCAAAGAGGCGAAGGAGAGCUCUCUUAAAUACUCUUCCCAGGGUCUCAGUGCUUUAAUGCCUGCAUCAAGGCCGGCGAGCAACGCCCCAAAACCCAAUACUCGCUUUUUGCGCAACCUCAUCAAAGUGACGGACAGUCAUAAUACAGCCCUCAAGCGGAAGGAAGAAAGGGAAGCACGGGAGCGCAUGCGUCAACUGAAAUCGCAGAGUUCAGGUACUUUGGCUUCAACAUCGGCAGACCGUACAUCUGGAGGUUCAAACAGACGACAUGAGCGGCAAAGAUCGAGAGAUCGAAGGGAUGAUAGGGAAGAUCGGCAUCGGUCACACCGAAGACAUCGCAGUCGUUCUUCUUCGACUGAGCGCGACCGAACAAGACGACAUCGAAGAGACGAUGAUCGCGAUGGCGAACAUAGAAAGAGGGACCGUCACAGUUACCGACAGGACAGCCGUGAUCACGAGUCAUCAAAGAAAGACCGACGAGAAAGAGACAGGGGACAUACCAGACGACGGCGAGACCGGUCUUCCUCGAAAUCGAGAUCCCGCAGCCGCUCCCCACGCAGAGACCGAAGCUCCGACCGCCGUCAUUCCCGAAGAGGAGAUCGCAAAUCCGACCACUAUACUCGCUCGCGCUCUCGCUCACAGGAACUCCGCCGGUCCCGGUCUUCAAGACACGCAGACCCCUCGCCUCGUCGUUCUCGCCCCGAACCAACCCCUCAACGUGACCGAGUUUCCCUUCCAACCCAAGUCCCGACCGAGGCAGAGGAAUCCGAUCCUCUCGAAGAUCUCGUGGGGCCACUUCCUCCCCGCAAAAACGAAGCCCCCAUCCGUUCUCGCGGACGAGGCGCCUACAAACCCAAUAUGAGCAACAUAGAUGCCCAUUUUGCCCCGGGCUAUGAUCCAACUGCCGAUGUACAUCUAGAGGAACCUAUUCACUCCACAGGCGAGCCUCCUCGCCGUGCUGUCGCAGGACUCAUGACAAAAGAUGAUGACUGGGACAUGGCACUCGAGGCACUGCGCGACCGCACGCGCUGGAAACAAAAAGGGGAGGAGAGGCUCCGUGCAGCCGGAAUCAAUGAGGCAGCCAUUUCGCAAUGGAAGAAUAACCCUGCUUUCACGGGGACGAACGGAGAAGGCAACCCGGAAGACGUUCAAUGGUCUAAAAAGGGGGAGGGACGAGAAUGGGAUCGCGGCAAGUUCGUGGAUGAUGAUGGGCAUAUUGAUAUUCGGGCUGCGUGUACAACCAUGUCAGACCCUUUUGCCUACAAGUACCCCUCUCCACUGGAGGGAUAUGAGAACCUGGAGCCAUUAUCCGAAGAAAAGAACGAAGAUGGCAAAUCACUGAAGAACCCCGAAGCACCUCUAAGCAAAGCAUACGAAGAAUUCCCCGACCCCCUCUCAAAGGGAAGAGAAGGAGGCUUCGACAUCCACAUCUACCACUUCCAAAAUAACCCCGAACAAGUCACUUUCGCCAAAGCACUCUGGGAGCGCAUCAGACGUGAAUUUCCCGAGCUGAGGAUCUACCGAUUCUGGGAUAGACCUAUUGGCCCACACCCUGUGGCGAUGUUCGAAGUGAACCUGUUCACCCCUGCUCAGUUUGGUGCUUUUAUUCCCUGGUUGGUUAUCAAUCGGGGCCCAUUGAGUGCGCUGGUUCAUCCUAAUACUGUCAAGUCGGAGGAUGAGCGCAAUCAUACCCAGCGUGCGACUUGGUUGGGGGAUCGACUUCCGUUGGAUACGAGUCUUUUCAAGUAA